GCGUGUUUUCUUAGUUUUAUUCCUAUGAAUUUAAUCGGGUGGACUGGUAGUUUGACUUACGUAAAUAAAUGUGGCUCGCACUCAGAGGCUGAAGCAGUGAGGACCUUCCCUGCGAUGCAUCUGGAGAGUACCUCCAGCUUGUAGGGAUCCCAGUACUACACUGCCUGCUGUCGUCUGAAAACAAGUUUUUCUGGUGUUUGGUAUUUUCUAGGCAGGAAGGUGGCAAGAGGGACUUUGCAGAUUUGAUUUGGUUAAGGAGCCGGAGAUUGAAGGAUUGUCCUGGAUUAUUCGGGUGGAUGGAUCCUGUGUAAUUAUGAUGAUAAGAAGGAGGCAGGAGUGUCAAGUGUGAGAUGUGAUGACCAGAGCAGAGGUGAGAAAGAGAAAGAAGAAAAAAACAGAUUUGAAGAUGGAGGAAGGAACGAAGAUCCAAGGUAUAAAGGUAACCUCUAGAAGCUGGAAAGGAAGGAAAUAGAUUUUCCCAUAGAGCCUCCAAAGGAAUGCAGCUGCGCCAGCACCUUGAUUUCAUCUAACCUCCAAAACUCACGCAUUCAGAUAUUUUCCUGGCCCAUCACUAUAGUAACUGGGAGAGAGUCCUCAUCCUGAAGGAGCUCAGAGGACACAAAAGCAGAAGCCUGAGAAGCAAGAGCCUACACAGAAGAAAGGAAAAUCUGAGGUAAGUUUUCUCUUCAACUCUUUCUGUGAAAGAAAAACCUUUGAUGUUUGAAAUAUCUUAGGAGCUGUUUGUGCCGAUGUGAUGAAAUCUUUUGGAAGUUAUUGUGAUCUUCUUACUUCUUUAGGUCUUGUUGAUAAUAUUUAAAUGGUGACAACAUAACCCUGUUUGACCAUCUGUCCCACUCUCUGCCGUGUACUUUCAUCUAGUGCUGUGGCAGUCUAGAUGUCUUUUGGCUGCUGCUGAGGUGCCCAAAUCCUGACUCACUACAGUCAUACUCUGUCUCUCUUGCUUGGCCAAGGAAACUGUUACAUUCUCCCUUCAUUUGUCAAAUGUAGAUAUUGGGUUCUCCCUAAAAUUUACUGCUGAGCAUGGGGCAUGAAUUAGGAUGGAGACUUCAUGGAAAGAAAAGUGAAAUAUAUCUAAAUCUAAAUGGGGGAAAUAGGGUGUAAGAGCAAAAUGAAGCAGAAAAUUACUAGACAGGUGAGAAAAUAAAUAUAUUUUCCUAAAUCCACUCCAGUGGAAAAAGGGAAGGGCCAAAUAGAAAUAUAACCCUAAGUAGACUCUUCAAAAUCAUGACAGUCAGGGAGUUAGAUUUUCAUGACGGUUCACAUUUACUAAACUGUAGCCUUGAGACUCACGUUGGAGGUCAUUUAUAUGAUCUUCAAAUAUGCAGGCCUUCUACGUAGGCCUUAUCACUCCAGGGAAAAUGGAUUGGUGGAUUCUAAAGGGGUUUACAGUACAGAUAGUAAGAAGAGGAAAGAACAGGGAAAAGUUAGGGAAAGGUAUCUUCAGCUGGUAUAGUGCCAUCUUCUCCAGAACAGACGCUGUUUUCCUCAGUUGCCUAGUUACCCAGCACAACGCAAAGAGUCAUCUAUUAGCUCUUAGGUACUAAAAGAGGUGAGUCAAAGACUUCAGGAGAUUAUCUCCUAGUAGAAAAUUAAAAUAGGUGUUUCAUGGAUUUCUCCCUUUCUUCCAUCACAAGGUGAAACAGGUAAGAAAGAGGAGGGUUAGGUUAAGGGACAGGGUUAGAAUAAACUUUUAAACUUCCAUAUGUGACCUGGAGAGCUUAUAACUGACCCUGAAUGAUCUUGUAUGGUGUUGGGGUUCCAGAAAAGGUAGAAUUCGAGGAAGAUGGAUUUUAUCAUCAGGAUCUUGGACAAAUGAUUUGCUGGAAGAACCAUAACUGGUGUCCAAGGGAUAGAAAUCAUUGGAAUUACAGGGUAUUUAGAGUUUAGAACUUUAAAGCAUUCUCAUAAUACUUGACUACAGAAUGCUCCCAGUAAGUAUUUCUAUUUGUUAUCAAUGGGCCCAUUAUUGGUGUAUGCUUCAUACCUCAUUGGCCAUUUUACAUAGUUUUUAGAAAAUGCCUUAUUGUAUAUUUUAUCUGCCUAAUUUUGAGGAUGAUUGAAACCAUUAUGUGUGUUAUUAAGAAAUUAUGUUCUUACACAAGAAGCUUAGAGACAUGGCUGCUAAAGUCAGACUCUUGAUUGGCAUUUUCACUUCUUUUAGUACAAGUUCAAGUCUGUUCCUCCUCCACGGAGGCCAGAGCAGUAUAUCAAAGCCAGAAGUACAGCUAGUCAUCAGAGUUCAGGUUCUUUCCUGCUUCCCUGUGGGAGGGGUCAAGAAUACAAACAUCCUCAAUUGCUACAGCAGGAGGGAACAUUCGUCCAUUAACAGAACCAAACAGGAAGCACCAAAUAGACAUUUCUUCUAUUUAUUUUGUGACUAUGAAGAAACAUGUAGUUUAGUUCUUUGAAUAAAAUUUGUCAGUGAAGCAUAGAACACAUAAAAGGUGUAGUCAUUUUGGUUAAAGUCUGACUGCAAAAUGAUUUAAUGCUGGUUUUCAUUUUGCUUCCUACAAUUUAUGCAAUACUACAUUCUUAGGAUGUUGGAAUUUUACCAUAUCUUAAGUUAUUUUUUCUUUUUUAAACUGUGAACCAGCAACUUAACAUUUGCUGCAGCCUAUUGAGAUUCACAGUAUGAUUCUCAAGUUUUUAAUUACAUUUCCCAGAUAUUUCCCCUCUAGAUCCAAGAGGAUGUGCAUAUAUUGAGCAGAAUAAUUUUGCCUCCCUUGAGUUUUUAAUAGGGUUCUGAAAAUGACUGAUAAGGCCAGGAAAUACCUCAAAUACUUCAGAGGUUUGUUUGCCUUACCAAAAUUUUUAAUCUCAGUAUAUUAGUUGGUUAUCCACCCCAUUACGUCAGAUUAAUUCUAUUACUUCACUGUCAGUGACAGCAGAUAAGAAAUUGAGGCAGUGUAAUGAUUGAAACAAGCCUAAUGAAGGAGCAAAAGGAAAUAUAAUUUGUAUAUUUAUGAGCAUUUCCAGAAAUAGGACAACAAGCCACUUUAUUACUCUUAUAAUUACAUGGAAUCUCUUAAUUCUGAAACAUACUGGGCCUGCUGGUUAAAAGGAAAAAAAUGUUCCUUGUCAGUUUCCCUCAUUAUUUUUCUCAUCCAUCCUGUGGUGUACCAAAGAUGGGAUGGUGCAAGUGGUCCACCCCUAGUAUAGGCAAUAAGGGAGUGCUUUGUGUGUAGAAAAUUUUAAAGGGUUAAAAUAAAAUAAUGAUAAUAAAAAGCCUGCCUUUUUUUUUUUUUUUUUUUUUUUUUGCGGUACGCGGGCCUCUCACUGUUGUGGCCUCUUCGUUGCAGAGCAACAGCCUCCGGGCGUGCAGGCUCAGCGGCCAUGGCUCACAGGCCCAGCCGCUCUGCGGCAUGUGGGCUCUUCCCGGACCGGGGCACGAACCCGCGUCCCCUGCAUCGGCAGGCGGACUCCCGACCACUGCGCCACCAGGGAAGCCCCAGCCUACUUUUUAUUAUCACUAUGCACUGACAAUUCUAAGCAAUGCCAAUCAUACUACUUCUCUCUGAAAAAAAAUUUUUUGUUGGUCUAAAUUCUAAACAACUGCUGCCAUUACUGAAAUUUAAUAAUAUAUAUGUAAGCUGAGAAUUACCAUUUUUUUGGUUACCUGUUCUUUAACAAACACUGUAGUCUACAUGGAAAUAAAUCUAACUCCUCUGGACGUGGACCCAGCUACACAUGUUUAUUUCAAGAAUAAGCAGCCAAGUUCUGUUUUUUUCAUUUUCAUAAUCACUGUGCUAUAAUUUAGUUUGAAUCUAUGUUUAAACACAGGAUUAUAUAGUAGUACCACAGCAGUUAGAGAUAUGAACUGGGCCUGAGCAAGUUCAAAUAAUUCGUAACCAUUACACACUUUGGAGACUUUUACUGAAUAUAACAGAAAUUUAUGAUGAAUUUUCUGGUGAAGGUAUUUUAGUGGAAAUUUUUCAACUGCAGAAACAUUUGAAAGCUGCUAGAGUUGAUCCCAAAGAACAAAGACCUGGACAGUAUUGCAAUUUCUGGAAGUUACUAUGAAGUGGGAUUUUUAUGAAACUCUGAUAAACUUAUCUUUAUUUUAAAGCUUUUCUAAUUACUUGUGUAUCUAUUUCUUCAUGUGAAAGAAACAUUUGAAAUUAAAAUAGUGUCCUUCAAUCAACCAUGAGUGAGGCCACACCAGUUCUAUUGACCAUGACUAUGUGAAGAUCAAUUUGACAAAGCCACUGACAUAUUUGCAGAAGUGAAGGCUUAAAGCAGAAAGCACAGUGGAGUUAUUCAUCACCAUCACCAUGGGGACCAAAAUAAAAAUUACAUCUCAGCAAGGAGAGUUUACAAAUAAGGACUUUCAUCUAGAAUCAGCAUCAGAGAUGAACACUGAAAGACUGGGGAUGAACAAAUGGAGUUCCAGUUUUCAAAAAAAAGAAGCAGCUCGAUUCCUGAAACCAAGACAAGGAGCUUGUCACAGAUCCUGAGCAAAAUGAAUAAACCUAUGAUUAAGGUUGGAGAGCCACUGAGUUAGAUGACUACUUAUCUAAAGGUUAAAUAAAUCAAACCAGACGCUUUUUCUAAGGUCUCUUCCAAAUUUGAGAAGCUGUUCGAUGGAGGUAUUUAUUAUAUCUCUACAUUACAGAUGAGAAGACAGAGGCUCUGAGGAUCUUUCGAAGAUGGUUUGGCUGCCUUGGAGAUUUGGAGAUCUGAGGCCACGAUGAGGACUCACACACGGGGAGCUCCCAGUGUGUUUUUCAUAUAUUUGUUUUGCUUUGUGUCAGCCUACGUCACUGACGAGAACCCAGAAGUCAUGAUUCCCUUUACGAAUGCCAACUAUGACAGCCAUCCAAUGCUGUACUUCUCCAGGGCGGAGGUGGCCAAGCUCCAGCUCAGAGCUGCCAGCUCCCACGAGCACAUUGCCGCCCGGCUCACUGAGGCUGUGCACAUCAUGCUGUCCAGCCCCUUGGAGUACCUCCCUCCCUGGGAUCCCAAGGAGUACAGCGCCCGCUGGAAUGAAAUUUACGGCAACAACUUGGGGGCCUUGGCCAUGUUCUGCGUGCUGUAUCCUGAGAACAUUGAAGCCCGAGAUAUGGCCAAAGACUACAUGGAGAGGAUGGCAGCUCAGCCUAGUUGGUUGGUGAAAGAUGCUCCUUGGGAUGAAGUCCCGCUUGCUCACUCCCUGGUUGGUUUUGCCACUGCCUAUGACUUCUUGUACAACUACCUGAGCAAGACACAACAGGAGAGGUUUCUUGAAGUGAUUGCCAAUGCCUCAGGAUAUAUGUAUGAAACUUCAUACAGGAGAGGGUGGGGAUUUCAAUACCUGCACAAUCAUCAGCCCACCAACUGCAUGGCCUUGCUCACAGGAAGCCUGGUCCUGAUGAAUCAAGGGUAUCUUCAAGAAGCUUACUUAUGGACCAAACAAGUUCUGACCAUCAUGGAGAAGUCUCUUGUCUUGCUCCGAGAGGUGACAGACGGCUCCCUCUAUGAAGGAGUUGCAUAUGGCAGCUACACCACUAGAUCACUCUUCCAGUAUAUGUUUCUUGUUCAGAGGCACUUUGACAUCAACCACUUUGGCCACCCAUGGCUUAAACAACACUUUGCAUUUAUGUAUAGAACCAUCCUGCCAGGGUUUCAAAGAACUGUGGCUAUUGCAGACUCAAAUUACAACUGGUUUUAUGGUCCAGAAAGCCAAUUAGUGUUCCUGGAUAAAUUUGUCAUGCGUAACGGCAGUGGUAACUGGUUGGCUGACCAGAUCAGAAGGAACCGUGUGAUGGAAGGUCCAGGGACGCCUUCCAAAGGGCAGCGCUGGUGUACGCUUCACACAGAAUUUCUCUGGUAUGAUGCCAGCUUGAAAUCUGUCCCCCCUCCAGAUUUUGGCACCCCAGCAUUGCAUUAUUUUGAAGACUGGGGUGUUGUGACUUAUGGAAGUGCGCUGCCUGCAGAAAUCAAUAGAUCUUUCCUUUCCUUCAAGUCAGGAAAACUUGGGGGACGUGCAAUAUAUGACAUUGUCCACAGAAACAAAUACAAAGACUGGAUCAAAGGCUGGAGAAAUUUUAAUGCAGGGCAUGAACAUCCUGAUCAAAACUCCUUUACUUUUGCUCCCAACGGUGUGCCUUUCAUUACUGAGGCUCUCUAUGGGCCAAAGUAUACCUUCUUCAACAAUGUUUUGAUGUUUUCCCCAGCUGUGUCCAAGAGCUGCUUUUCUCCCUGGGAAGGUCAGGUCACAGAAGACUGUUCAUCAAAAUGGUCUAAAUACAAGCAUGACCUGGCAGCUAGCUGUCAGGGGAGAGUUGUUGCUGCAAUGGAGAAAAAUGGGGUGGUUUUCAUCCGAGGAGAGGGUGUGGGCGCUUACAACCCCCAGCUUCAUCUGAAGAACGUUCAGAGGAAUCUGAUCCUCCUGCAUCCACAGCUUCUCCUCCUCGUGGAUCAGAUACACCUGGGAGAGGACAGCCCCUUGGAGACAGCAGCAGGCUUCUUCCACAAUGUGGAUUUUUCUUUUGAGGAGACAGUGGUAGAUGGGGUCCAUGGGGCUUUCAUCAGGCAGCGAGAUGGGCUCUAUAAAAUGUACUGGAUGGAUGAUACUGGCUACAGUGAGAAAGGAACCUUUGCUUCAGUGACAUACCCUCGGGGCUAUCCCUACAAUGGGACCAACUAUGUGAAUGUCACCACACACCUCCGAAGUCCCAUCACCAGGGCAGCUUACCUCUUCAUAGGGCCCUCCAUAGACGUUCAGAGCUUCAGCAUCCACGGAGACUCUCAGCAACUGGAUGUGUUCAUAGCCACCGGUGAGCAUGCCUACGCCACUUACCUGUGGACAGGUGAGACUACAGAACAGUUGGCCUUGGCACAGGUCAUUGCCGACCGUCAGAAAAUUCUGUUUGACUGGAGUUCAGCCAUCAAGAGCACCAUUGUCCCUGAGGUGAAGGACUACGCCGCUAUUGUGGAACAGAACCUGCAGCGUUUUAAGCCAGUGUUCCAGCUGCUGGAGAAGCAGAUCCUGUCCCGAGUCCGGAACACAGCCAGCUUUAGGAAGACUGCUGAGCGCCUGCUGAGAUUUUCAGAUAAGAGACAGACUGAGGAGGCCAUCGACAGGAUUUUUGCCAUAUCACAGCAACAGCAGCAGCAGCAGCAAAGCAAGUCCAAGAAAAACCGAAGGGGAGGCAAGCGCUAUAAAUUUGUGGAUGCCGUCCCUGAUAUUUUUGCACAGAUUGAAGUCAAUGAAAAAAAGAUUCGACAGAAAGCUCAGAUUUUGGCACAGAAAGAACUGCCCAUAGAUGAAGAUGAAGAAAUGAAAGACCUUUUAGAUUUUGCAGAUGUAACAUAUGAGAAACACAAAAAUGGUGAUUUGAUGAAAGGCCGGUUUGGACAGGCUCGGAUGGUGACGACGACUCGCAGCAGAGCCCCAGCACUGUCUGCUUCGUAUACCAGGCUGUUCCUGAUUCUGAACAUCGCUAUUUUCUUUGUCAUGUUGGCAAUGCAACUGACUUAUUUCCAGAGGGCCCAGAGCCUACAUGGCCAAAGAUGUCUUUAUGCAGUCCUUCUAAUAGAUAGCUGUAUUUUAUUAUGGUUGUACUCUUCUUGUUCCCAAUCACAGUGUUAGCACUGAAGCUAUAAAUUGCUUGAUCAUUUUGUGGUCACAAGUCUGUGCAAAAAAUAAAAUCAUUGCCCUUGUUUGUUA